GGCUCUCGUCGGGUCUGGGGGCCCCGAGGCCUGAUCUCCGGGUCUGUGGGCUAAGAUCGUUCUGAGCUACCUGUAAGGGUGACCUGAGCGUGUCCUCUUACAGGCGUUGGGAGAACAUGGGGACCACCGAGUCUCUGAAGCUGGCAGUGCCCCUGCUCAUGGCCAGGAUGACGCAGCUGCUGCAGAGGACGCUGGUGCUCGGUGACCUGCCCCAGCCACUGUGCCAGAAGUUCACCCGCUUCUUCCAGGCCGUGCCGCUGCCCCCGUACUGCUUCGGCUUCACGAACUGUCUGAACGUGGCACCUUGGGACCACCGGCUGCUGACCACCGUGCUGAGAGGCCAGAACAUCACCGGGCCCCGGAGGAGGAGCGGGAAGAAGGAGUUUCUCUGGGAAGUGUUCGCUGUUGUCAGAGCCAGAGUCGAGCGGCUGGAGGGCCUGGGCCAAUACAGAGAGCUUGUGCGCUACUUGAAGGCAGUGAAGUGUGAAGACAGUGUCGGGCUGCGCGAUCUCCGGGACAAGGUCCCCUUCUACCUGUGCAAGUGCGGGGACUUCACGGGUGCGGCCUACGCUCUGCUGUCUCCUGUCAACACGCUGGCCUGCUGCACUGCCUGCCGGCUCACGCCCGCCCACUUUGAGAGCUACCUGAAGAUGCUCUGGACAGGCGGUGUUCCUGCGGGCAACGACAUCCAGGACACUGGCCACUGGACGGUCAGCGUGGGUGAGGAGCCAGGGGCACUGGUCUCGCCUCGGAGGUCUUGUCCGUCCCCAGGUGUGGCGGUGAAGCCCUGGAUCCUCAUGAAGCAGGCCCUGCGCAUGCUGUUUGGGAACCAGGCCUUGUACCAGAACGCCCGCUGCUGGAGUGCCCUCCUCGCCCUGUGGGGCAGCAGCCCCGUCCUAGAGCAGAGCGGCCUGCUGACCAUGCUGACGCUGCAGGCACCAUCCUUCUCAUUCCAGAAGAAGGUGCUGCGUGCCUCCGAUGCCAUCCUCCAGGAGCUGAGGCUGCACGGGAAUGCCACCCUGCCUGCGGACCUCUUCUUCGGCCCGCUGGGCCUCGAGGCCUGCCUCCUGCUCUGCACCCAGGCUGCACGCGAGAUGCUGGUCACCGAGUUCCCCUGGCUGACCUCACUGCUGGACAUCGUUCUCGCCUUUGGGAAAAACCUCUGGGCGCUGAAAGUGUUUCUGGAAGGCGUGUCGAAGACCCCCGCCAUCUACGAGGUCAUCGGCAUGAUCUCGCGGGACUUGAGCUACCAGAAAUACACGCUGCUACGCCUGUGGCAGAUCCUGGGCCCUGAUUACGUGGGCGAGCUGCUGUGUCUGCUCCUGGGCUUCCGGAGCAUUGACCUCCAGACUCCAGUGAGUGCCCACCAUGCCCCAGACGGCCCAGCCACUUGUGGUCAUGGUCCCGGAGCACCGCCGGCCGUUGAUCAUGGGGGGUGUCGGCGCUGCACGGGGCAGGGUGGGGUCGUGGCACCGAGCAGAGUCUCAAAGGCCACCCUGACCCUGCCAGGUGUCCUUGGGCAAAGUCGCUGGACCUUCACCGUCUCAAGGCCUUGCAGACACCGCACCUGGACCCCACCCACCUCCUGCAGUUGGGCGCCCUGGUGUCGGCUUUGGAAAACGUGUGACUCUGCUGCUGCUGGUGCCCUUGGAGGAGAGAGGGUUGGUGGCCCUGCCGUCGGGGCUCCCACCCUGUGGUUUCUGUGUGUGUUAUUUUCCCUUCCUGACACUGGAAGGGCUGUGGCCUGGGUCAUCCUGGCCGGGUGGCCGCCGGAUUGCUCCCUGGUCUCCAGAGAGGAGAACGGCCGGCAGGGUGGGCUGAGGGGCCACGUGGGCACCAGGCCCCAUCAGGCGCGCACAGGCGGGUUUUGUCUGAAGGCUCGGUGUCGGUGGGCCUGUCGUUUGGUGCAGGGACACCACCUACCCCCCAUGGCGCCACGUCAGGAGGUGGGAUGCAGGCUCUGCACGUUCUUGUUGGCGGGUCUCAGAUGUAGGGCUCUGCUCAGCCGGGGCCCUGAGUGGGUGGAGUUUGGGCCCUGAGUGGGUGGAGUUUGGGCGGCUGGGGAGUUGGUUGGGGGCGCGUCACGGGGCCAGUUUGGACGCCCUGGGACAACCAGGGCGGGCGUGGUUCUCCCAACAAGGAAAGAUGCAGCAGGAGCCCACGCUGCCCGUUCCCCUGAAGUUGUUUGUUGUGUUUUUUGCACACGUAAGUCUAAGACUUGAAUUAUUUUUGAAAAUUAUUUUCAAAUUUUCAGAGAUUACGCGAGAGAACUAAUUUUUUA